AUGAUAUAUCGCAAAGAUCUUGCUGUCAAUUGGCCAGGAAAGGCAAAAGCACAUCUUCCUGGAAGAAAGACGCCACUGCGAUUAAAAAGCGAAGGAACAGGGGAUAAUGGAACAUCACGAGGAACCUUUUUUUUCUCUUCCAAAAGUUUGAAGGCAAAAGAGGAUGAAGUUGAAUUUAUGGGAACCUGUGAGGUGCCAGGAUUAUUUCUGUUCCUUCGAUCGAGGCUCCAAUGGAAGCCAGCCCCGCUGACAAUUCCGCAUCCCCGGAAUGAAAAUUCAGAAUAUGUGGGGAGAUAG